CGUGGUGAUUGUGACUCGAUCCAAUUUUCCGAUGACAUCGCCCUUUACUAUAUGACCACAACUCAACACCAGGCACGCUACUUCUCAUCUUUACAAGUGACCUCCGACAAUAUGACAACUCUAAAUAUCGUGGAGGCAACUAUUGAAGACCUCCAAACCGCACUGUCGCAAGGUGCAUUGACAAGCGACCUUGUAGCUCUCUACUUGCGACGUAUCUGCCGUUAUGAUCGCGCCCUCAACUCAACUCCAAUAUUGAAUAGUCAUGUCUUUGAGGAAGCUGCCGCAUCCGACGACUAUCGAGCUUCCGGCAAGGCGAUUCGCAAGCUGGAGGGCAUCCCGUAUACCGUCAAAGAUAGUUUCAAAGUCAAAGGCAUGACCGUGGCUUGUGGUUCUCCAGCCUUUAAGGAUCUUAUCGCUAUGGACGAUGCGUUUACUGUCAGCGCAAUUCGGAACCAAGGAGGUAUUCUAAUCGGGAAAACCAAUAUGCCACCAAUGGCAUGUGGUGGAAUGCAGAGAGGCAUCUACGGCCGGGCUGAAAGCCCAUAUAACAGCACCUACCUAGCCGCAGCUUUUGCAUCUGGCUCAUCAAAUGGCUCCGCCGUUUCAACAACAGCUUCUUUGGCAGCAUUUGGUCUAGGUGAAGAGACAGUAUCUUCGGGACGCUCACCUGCUUCUAAUAACGGUCUGGUCGCCUAUACUCCAUCUCGAGGUUUAAUCUCCAUUCGGGGCAACUGGCCACUUUACCCCACUUGUGAUGUUGUAGUACCGCAUACACGGACUAUGAGAGAUAUGCUUGCAUUGCUUCAAGUGCUUCUUGUACAAGAUCCACUUACUAAAGGGGAUUUUUGGCGUGACCAACCCUUUGUGGAGUUGCCCAAGUCGUCGCUAUCGGCAGACAAGAUUCAGGAUAUUGGCAAUCAUACCACGCUUCAAGGUCUGCGAUUUGCCGUCCCGGCUAUGUAUAUCGGUGGUCCCGUUCCCCAAGGUGCCAAACCAGUUACCGUCAACCCAAGAGUGGUCCAAGUCUGGGAGGAAGCCAGAAGACAGCUCGAAAACCUAGGGGCGGAAAUCGUUGUUGUUGACGACUUUCCGGCAGUCACAGCUUAUGAGAACCCUGGUUUAUCACCACGAGGCACAAUUCAACUGCCCACGUCGUGGCAUCAGACCGAGAGAGGGCCGAUGGUCGCCCAUGGUUGGGACCAGUUUCUACGUAACAAUGCCGAUCCCAAUUACCCCAGUCUGAAAGACGUAGAAGGAACAAAUAUCUUCCCAAUGUCUAUGCGAACACCUGUCGAACUUGAACAUCUCCCGACGACAACAGCUAUUAAAUGGAGCCAACUUACAAACUACCUGGAGGAUACUACAAUGGAUCAAGUUGAAAAUCUGAAAGAUGCACUCAUUGCGCUUGAAGAUUUGCGCCGAAAGCUUUUGGACGACUACUUGGCAGAAGUUGAUUGCGACGGCUUUGUGUUCCCUGCGGCUGGCGAUGUCGGCGCUGCUGAUGCUGAUGUUAACCCCUCUAGUGCUUUGCACGCGUGGAAGAACGGGGUUUACUACAGCAAUGGCAAUGGAGCCCUGCGGCACUUGGGAAUACCUACAGUUACAGUCCCUAUGGGCAUGGUCGCGGAUAAGAAAAUGCCUAUAGGCCUCACAUUUGCCGGCCGGGCAUAUGACGACGAAAGGCUCCUUGCAUGGGCAAAUGCAUUCGAGAUCAAGACAGGUUCAAGAACACCACCACCACUGACGCCCCCACUGCAAACAGACAUGAUCACUCUGAGGCAUAUCGAUAGUAAUACUAGGAUAAGCCGGCCGUUGAUCAGGGUUGAUAAAUGUCGUGUCUACCCGCUCGACAACCGUGACAUAUCAGGCGUCAGUGUUGAGGGCGCUCUAAUAGUGGAAACGAAUCAUGCGCACAAAGUGACGAAACCAGAACCAGUCAUUGACAUAAUAGUUAAUGGUGAAGAUAUAUCGGCUAAUCAGAUAUUUGUUGCGGAUGCAGUGGACUGUAUGGAUCACCAUGUAGAGAUUCAUUUCCAGGCACGCACCACGACGCCUAAGCUAGCGAUCCAAGACAGGAGAGAACAUACAAUGGAAGUUGUUGCAAGAGACAAAAUCAUGGUAGUAAUCAUUGCGCGAUCAGCGCCUGAUGGAUACCCUGCUGGCUGCCUCAAGCUAGUUAACAAUGAUUAAGAUAGGACUUGAAUAGCAACAUGCAGCGCAUCUAUGCAAGGUUUAUGACUUGACAAUUACUAGUAUGAGAUAUUUAGUACAAGGUUGCAG